AUGUUGGUUCAGGCGGAAGCGGGAUCCUGGAAGGGAACGCGCAUCUGCGACAGAGCCGGAAUGUCGUCAGAUUCGCGUAGCGCCGUGCAAACGUAAAGCCGAAAGCGGGGCUAACGUGCGCUGCCGGCUGGCGUCCAUGAAACGUGACGCUACUGCGGCGGAUUCCGGAGCUCGAGCUGGGAGAGAAGCCGCCGCUCUUCUUCGUCUUCUUCGCUUUGAGUAACGGCAGGGAGUGCCGGUGGAGUUGUAGCUCAAAAUGGAGCUCUUUGACUGAGAGGCAAACACAGUUUUACUGUUUUGCCACGUAGCUGAUAACUUUUUACACUAACACCAUGCCGGAAGACUGAAGUUUAUCCUUGCUUACAGCAAUAAGUAAAUAAAUAAAAGAUCGCUACAUGAUUCUCCAUGUAGUCGCCUCUUUGUGCGUCCUGCUGGAGUGAAUCUGCAUCCAGAUAGGCUUGCCCUGUCCUGUGGGCUCACCCAAAAAUGCAGAUCCACCUCAGAAUGCCUAACACCUAGAGUCCCAUGCGUCCAGUCAGUGUGGAGUCGGACGGCUCUGCUCCCGAAAGCUACUUGAGCCCCUUCGCCCCGGGGCCCCUUCCUGCCUCUGAGAUGUCACUCCUCCAGUCACUGGGUCCUGUGCAGAGCUGGCUGGGCCAGGAGCUGGAGAAGUGCGGGAUUGAUGCUAUGAUCUACACCCGCUAUGUCCUGAGUCUGCUCCUGCAUGACAGCUACGACUAUGACCUGCAGGACCAGGAAAAUGACAUCUUCUUGGGCUGGGAGAAGGGAACUGGUAAGAAAUGGGGAAAGGGCAAGAGGAAAGGAGGGGCAGACCUGAGUGUGGAGGAGCUGAAGAAACAAGCUGCCGUGCAAUGCCUGCGUUCUGCGUCUGAUGAAAACUCUGGGAUUGAGAGCUUGGUUGAGGAGCUUUGCUCCAAACUUAAGGAUAUCCAGAAUAAACAGAAAGAAGAAAAACAAACAAGCAAGAAAUCUGACGGAUCUCAAUCUCCUGAGCUUGCUGAAUCCCCUUCAUCAAAAGACCAGGUGGAAAUGUACUAUGAAGCCUUUCCUCCUCUGUCUGAGAAACCUGUUUGUCUUCAAGAGAUUAUGACGGUGUGGAACAAGGCCAAAGCAUGUGCGUACUCCAGCUCGUCCUCAUCUGCUGUCCCCCAGACAAGCACCGACACCUCCUCUCCAAAAGACUGCAACAGCGAAGGUGAAGCUGCCAAAGAGAAGACCACAGAGGCAUGUGACACCAUCGGUGAAAAGGCCCAGCAGCGACGCAGCAAAAAGGAAAAGGAGAAUCGUUACUACUGGGGUGCAGCCGAAGAAAGAACUUUCUCAAACAAGAGGCAGACAAAACACCGGUCCGAAGGAAAGUUUCGCCCACGCUCCUGGUCAUCUGGGUCCAGUGAGGCAGGCUCUAGUUCCAGUGGGAACCAGGGUGAGUUCAAAACACCAGCCAAGUCAGUAAGGAUCAGACACAAGUCCAGGGAGGCCAGCAGAAGCAAAAGAGGACGCAAUGGACAGGUGAAGCUUUCACUAAAGGCCAUUGAGAAAGAGGAACGAAAGAAUUUGGGUGGAAGCAGCAGCAGUACCGGGGGUCUGACUAAACAGGCCAUUAAAAAGGGAAAGAGGCAUCUGAAAGAGAGCCGAAAAGAUCCUGCCAGUGGAGAAAUGAAAGAGCCCGGCUGUGAGACACGGAACAAGAAAGAGUACAUGGAAGAGCCUCUGUGGUACACAGAACCUAUUACAGAAUAUUUUGUACCCUGCAGUAGGAAGAGCAAGCUUGAGACAAAGUAUCGUAACAGACUAGAUUCCCCUGAUGUUUUUUCUGGGUCGGCUGAUAUGGAACAGCUGUCUGAGAGAAUGCAGGGAAUCUACAUUGGCAACUCCACCUUUCAGAGAGCGUACCUUGCAGCAGGCACUUUUAUUGAUGGGCACUUUGUAGAGAUGCCUGCUGAUGUUGAAGAGGCUGCUGAACUCAACGGGACCUCAAACUGCCCUCCACCAGAGGAUAAUAGAGAUUUAGAUGAUGAGCAUCUGUCUGAAUUCACUCACUUCUAUGAAGUUGACAUUUAUCAAUCCAUAUUGGAUCCUAGUGCCUCAGACUCCGUACAAGAGAGUCGGAUUUUAAGCAUGAUCCGACAGAAGAGCAAAGAGCAAAGAGAUUUUGAGGCAGAAUGUUGUUUAGUGUUAGACGGCCCCAAGCUGCAAGGGGAAAGUGCAAUAAGGACAGAUUCGGAAAGAUCUUUCGUUGCUGAUGAUUUCUUCACGCAAGAUCUGGAAAACAUAGCUCAAGUAUGGGAAUGUUAUUCAUCCUCUACUUCUGAAGAUAUUGAUGGAGAAAGCUUCCCAGGGGACUCUCCCAUUCAUCUCUCCCCCGUAAUCGAUAGUGCAGUAUUCAAUGCGAGCCGGCUGCCUGGAACCCUGGAGGACUACAUCUCAGAAGCAAAAGAUGCUUCUGGUUUAAACUCUUGCUUUUCUCUCUUUGAGGUGCAAUACAAUAGUCCCACCCUUCAUUUUCCCUGCGAUUCACUUACCAUUGGUCAUGACAACACAGAUUCAAGUAGCUGUCUAGAUCCACUUGGAUAUAAACAGUCUCGUUUGCUAAUAUGGACCAAAAAUAGUGCCUUUGAUGAAACUGAACACUGUUCUAAUCUUUCAACACGAACAUGUAGUCCAUGGUCUCAUUCGGAAGAAACACGUUCAGAUAAUGAGCAAAUUAACACUCAGCCAGAGGAGCCUGCUCAGUUUCACAAUGAAAAAACUAAUUGUAUAAUCCCACCCAUCCCUGCUAGAUAUAUAGAAGAUGAGCUCUUGGGCUUUUUACAAGAGGAUAGUAGUAGAAAAUCUGAGGAGUGUAGUGUAGGUCCAGUGUCCAGUCAAACCUUCAAAAAGAAAUCCAAAUUGGAGUCCAUUUGUGGAAUACCAUUAGAGCAAGAUGAGAGCAAACCACAUACUGCUGGCAUUUUCACAGACGACACAAACAAACCGAGUGAUAACUACAGCUCAGGGAUAAUCAAGGACAUUUGGACAGCCAUCGCAGACAGAGAUUCCGUACCAGCUCGAGGAGGAAAAAGGCCAGAUGAGGGCUUGUUCUCAGAGGAGGCAAACAACUGUCAUUGCUGCUGUUUAGAUGCCGAGACGAAGGGAGUACCAGUUCAGGAGCCUCAGAAAAAGGCAGUGCAGCGAUUGGAGUACCACCUCUGGGAGGGCCAAAAGGAGGAGCAGGGACUAGCCAAAAAUGAGCUGUCCAAGGUAGACGGUGGAGAUUACACCUCGCCGUCCAAACCCUGGGAUGUAAACCCUGAGAAAGACAAUACGUUCAUUCUGGGAGGGGUAUAUGGAGAGUUGAAGAUGUUAGGCAGCAACGGGGACUGGGCAGUGGUGCCACCCAGUGACACACAAGGCAGUCUGCUGCAGUGUGCUGCCACCUCUGAUGUGGUUACCAUUGCAGGCACUGACGUGUUCAUGAACACGGGCAGCUGCUUUGCACCUGGUCACAAACCUCUCUGGAGGCCCUUGGUUUCUUUUGGGCAGUGUGACCAGGUUGGAAAAGGAGGAGAGGACGGAUUGAACAAGGGAUUCUCUUUUAUCUUCCAUGAAGAUUUACUAGGAACUUGUAGCGGCUUCCAUGGGGAGGAACCAGGGCUUGAUUACCCGUUCUCGUCCUUCGACCUGAACUACCCCUUCUCUCAAGUCCUUCACGUGGAGUGCUCCUUUGAGCCUGAAGACAUGGCAUCGUUCAGCCCGAGGUUCAAACCCAAAUCCAUAUUAUGCUCAGAUUCAGAGAGUGAAACUUUCCAGUCACGCAUAUAUGGCAUCAAUAGAACCCAGUAUCGGGCUAUCCGAAUCUCACCUAGGACUCAUUUUCGCCCGAUAUCUGCUUCGGAGCUUUCUCCUGGGGGUGGGAGCGAGUCUGAGGUAGAGUCGGAGAAAGAGGAGAUGAGCCUUCCUGUCCUCCCUCAGGCGGACGUGUUUGAUGAUGCUCAGGCUGAUCUCAAACCGUUGGAGGAAGACGCCGAGUGCGAGGGCCCCUAUUACGGGAAGUCGGAACUAGAAUCUGGCAAGUUUUUACCCAGGUUGAAGAAGUCUGGUAUGGAAAAGAGUGCCCAGACUUCUUUAGAUUCACAGGAGGGCACUGGCACCCUUCUGCCGAUAGCUGAGCAAGACGUUUGCUUAGACUGCGAGACUGUGGUGCCGCCAGUGGCAAGUGGGCAAGUUGAAGACUCUGUUGAAAAGAUUGAAAAGGAAGAAUCUAGCACCGAAAAGGAUUCUUGCAGAUGUCCAGUGGCUGGUAAAAUUCCCCAGUAUGGGGAAGUCUUUGACUUUGUCGAAGACUUUCAGAGGUUUCCCCUGCUAUGUAUUGGUUCGCAGGGAAGCUCUGGCAGUCAGAAAGAGGAGUGCUGGUGGCAGAACACCCUGUGUACUCCUCUGCUCCCAGGAUCUCGCUGUACAGGGAGCAGCAACAUGUAAGCUGCUCUGCUUCAGGAAGAGGAAGCUAGGGGCCAACAUGAAAGGCCCCCAGCUGUGGACCCAAACCCAGAAAGGGCCUCUUUUGGACCCAGAAACCCCUAAUCCACCUACGCCAUAAAUCUCUUCUUCAGAACACAUCUCCAACCCUGCUGGUUUUCAGUAUGUUGAAGCUGGUGUAAUUUGAAAGAAAAAAAGAAAAAAUGGAACAAAAAGUAUUCAAAUUAUGCAGCAUUAGAAGAAAAAUUUUAGUUCUGUUUUACUUUGUUUCUUCAAUUAAUCUUGAUUAAAGUUUAAAAAAAAAAAAAAACUUAGGCAUUAAGGACAGUUACUUUUUCCGCAUUGGUUUUCCCAGAUUUUGCUUUUGAACUAGGAUACUGGUAGUUGUGGUGUCCGAAUGGUUGUGCAUGUGCCCGUCUACUAGUCACACUGCUUCGUUUACUGUGUAACUGCUACAGUUUCCCAUCUAUGAUAAGUGCGCAGCACACCACACAGGAGCUGCCAUCGUCAUCCUUCAUACCUGCCGCUCAGAAAAGGCCAGCUGUCAGCAGUGUUUUAGCUAAUGAGGGAGGCAGCAGCCUCUUCCUCCUAAACAUUGCCUGCCUGAAUGGCUGGCAGAAGGAAGUUUGUUUUUGCUGGAACUACACUGACCCAUACAAAAUCCCCAGCAACAAUAUAAGAAUUAUUUUGAAUAUGGAUGUUUCGCUGAUGCUAGAGCCCUUUUAUUUUUUUCCUCACACUAAUGUAGUAGUAGCCUAAGUUUGUGGUGGAGGAUUGUAAAUAAUAAAAAAAAGCAGCAAAAAUUUUCAGGGGAAACAAAAUUAAAAACAUUUUGCAUACUAAACAAAAGAUAUGAAAUGAGCUUGAUUGGGAGAUAAAUGAUUCUUUAUGGUAAGUUUUGUUUCUGAACUUAAUAUUAAAAAGAAAUUGGUGCUAUAAGAUACUUAUUUGGGACAGACAACAUCUGUAGCAGUUACAAAUGGAUAUUGUGGCCGUGAUUUUGUAGGUCAUGUAGCUUUGUUUGUCGUUAUUCCAGAGUGUGAGGAUCAGUUAAUACUACAAAAAGCAAGUUUUUUUUUUUUUUUUUUUUUUUUUUAAAAGUGUGACUGCUGUAAUGACUCGCUUUGUGUGGCUUGGUGUUCUUUAAUAUUAUUUAAGCUACCAAAUUUGCAUAUUUAAAUGCCUCAAAACACAAGUACACAAUUUCUUAAAUUUAAACAGUAGCAACAAAUUCAAACUGCUUUCGUGCAAAGAGAUGGGUUUUAUCUGCCAAAUUCCUAUUGGAUCUGUUCUACAGUGUCAAACAUCACACGAUGUAUGCUCUUUUUUUUUUGCCAGCAAACCAACUGCGAUGGGCAACCAGAAUAUAGACACUAAUACGAAACAUGUAAACUUUGUAGAACUAAAUUUUAAAAAGUAUUUCAAGGUAACACUCAAUAUAAGUUCACCCAGAGCAAAAAAGAAAAUUACAUUUUUUUUUUGUUUUUUUCUUUUGUAUGCAAAAUAUUUGUAAGUGUGUGUAUGUAUGUCUUCAUGUGUUGACACUGGUUCAUCAGUAGUGCGUGAGGCAUCAAGUUCAAACAAUUUGAAUGUUUAUUUGCAUUGACAUAAGUGUGAAUCCAUUCAAGCCGUAACCCUACUUCACAUUAGUUUUUAAAAAAUGAGGUGUGGUGACUAAUAUAUUUUAUGGUCUGUGCUUGGGGAGUUGGGCCUUUAUAAUCUGUGCACAGUCCACAUCCAUGUCCUGUACAUUUUCUUAUGUUCUGUUUUCUUUAUAAAUGGGUGAAAGUGUAAAUUACAUUUGUUCCUGGAAGACAGUUUUGAAUAUUUCAAAACCAAAAAACGUCGAGAGGAAACAUAAGUUGGCGACAUUAUCCCUUUCACCCACCUCAAGUCCAUAUGCCCUGUAAGUCUGUUGUAUAGUCCCAGAACUUAUUCGGUCAUAAAUGUAUGGUCACAGGCCAAAGUUGGCUUCCCUUCGUCUGGAACGUAUUCUGUAUUGAGCUGUACUCUCCUUUUAAGAGAAUAACAAUGGAAUUCAGUUUUACAAAAUAUUCAGAAGGAGUUGAAAGCAGUUUGGCCAUUUAGUGAUGGCGUGUGAGGCAUUCCGUAUGUUUGUAAUUGUUGAAUCAAAAUUGGCAAUUUUAGUUUAAUAAAGGACAUGACUUUUAAAUGAAGGGAAUAGAAUACUUCAGCCUAUGACUGUACAUUAUUAUAAGAAGCAUUACUGUGAUUGUAACACUCAAUAUUUUGUAUUUUAUUUAUUGACAGGUUUCCUUUAAGGUAGCAUGUGCUUUAUCUCAAAGCUUCCUAAAUUUGUGUAUUGCACUUAAGGUUACCUUUUGGAUCAGAAAGACUGCAGAGGAGUUGUGCUGACACACGGCCUCCUGCCUGGCUGUGAGCUGUGAUCAAAGUGGCAGCGCAUGCAAUGGGGCAAAAUGCAAAAGGAUGUAUUGCAAACGGUGAUCCACUCAGUUUAUUUUGCAUGAAGCUUAUCUUUUGAUUGAGGGGGGAAGGAGAAAUGAAGGUUACGGAGUGUUUCAAAUAGAUGCAGCAUGUCAGCGUUACACUCCGGCACCAUUCAAUUCUGUUAGAAAAAGUAUAUACUUUGAAAACAAAAAUUUUUAAGUACAAAUGACAAGAGGGUGUGGCUGUAAUUGUUCAAUUUUAUUUUGUGUGUUUGAGAGUGUGUGUGUUUACGUGUGUUCAUGUGAGUGAAAGAGACCAAGUCACAAAGCACUUAAAAGGGUAAUUUGAAGGAAUAUUCAUUGAGAUUUUGUUUUUCCCCAUCUUUGGUUAAGAUUUUGUGUAAACAGGUGGAGAAAACAUGAAGUAUGCAUGAUAAAGCAUAUUUAAAGGCUAGCAGUUGAGAUUUAACUACUCUGUGACCUGAACAACAAAACAUACCCAGCACUGAGAAUGAGUUGUCCUUGUAUCUCCAUUCCUUCUUGGUAAACACCCCCAACCCUUCCUUCUCCUCCCUUUGUUUCAAGUGGUUGUAUAGUUCUCAGUUCAUGUGUGCCCCAGAGUAAAUGAUUCUGUUUCAUUGUGGAGUUUCUUAACAUCUAAUAAAGGAAUAAACCAGUCAA